GGGGCCGACCAACUGUAGGCAAGUGUGUGUGUGUGUUUGUGUGUGGUCGUCUGAACGUAGCACGAAAUGUGGGUCCUCUCAGCAGCUCCACACACACUAACGUGAGACGUGCAAGCUGACGGGCUUUUUUUUGGCUAUUGAAAGUUUUGUUUGGCUCGAUGUUGUUCAUUAAACAUUCCGCUUGUAAAACGCAGUAUUUAUUUCCCAAGAGCAGCCGACCUGGUUUCUUCUAAAGAGUGUCCGCUUCCCCUCCCCUCGAUGAAGCGUUGCGAUGCCCUCUGAUUUUAUAUCCCUCCUUAGCUCGGAUCUCGACCUCAAUUCCCCCAAAUCUCUGUACUCUAAAGAGUCGGUUUAUGACCUCCUCCCUAAAGAGCUCCAGCUCCAGCCAUCGUCCACCCAGACCGAGCCACCCACCAUGAGCCAGAAGAGUGGGGGAGAGCCGGGACCGCCGCCAACUGCAGCCUUGGCCUCAGAUGCCAGCUCUUCCACCUCCAGUCCUUCUGCCUCUUCCUCCCUGGCCAUGGGAGUGCCAUCCACUGGUCCCUCUACCUCGACCUUAGACCAUCUCAAGGUUCCACAGCAUCUCCAGUCCACUGGAGGAGAAGGAGCUGGAGCUUCAGAGAUGCAAGGUGUGGAGGGUGCUGUAUCUGGCCCCAACAGAGGCGGCAGUGGGCAGAACACUGCAUCAGGAGACAUAGGGUCAGGAGUGUUGUCAGGGCUAGGAGCCCAGCAGCCUCAGAACACCCCAUCCAAACGGAGGCCUGUGUUGAGCAUAUCCCCACCACCUGAGGACCUAUUUGACGAUAGCCAGAUGUCUUGUCAAGAGGAGACUACUGUAUCUGCUCCAACUGGUCCAGACUCCGAACACAGCAGCAGCAUGUGGGCUGAUGACUCAGUCUCCAACUUCAGCUUGGUCAGCUCGGUCUCCUACAAUGACAACACAGAGGUGCCCCGCAAAUCCAGAAAACGCACCCCUCGUCAGCGGCCUGGCCCAAAGCCUGCUAAUCCGGAGGACAGCAUGGAUGUGUUUGAUGCCGACAGCGCCAAGGCCCCUCACUUUGUCCUGUCCCAGCUUGGCACAGACAAGACCAGUGCAAUAGGCAGCUCUCUGGAGCCAGGGACCGCAGUAAAGAGUGGGUCACUGUCUGCUCAGUUCCCCCAGAGGAGCGAUGGGAAGGACUUGAAGAUCCUGGUGCAGCCAGAGACCCAGCACAGAGCUCGCUAUCUGACCGAGGGCAGCAGAGGCUCCGUCAAAGACCGCACACAGCAGGGAUUCCCCACUGUCAAGUUGGAGGGUGUGAAUGAUCCAGUUGUGCUGCAGGUGUUUGUAGCAAAUGAUGCAGGCAGAGUGAAGCCUCAUGGUUUCUAUCAGGCGUGCAGAGUGACCGGCCGCAACACCACUGCCUGCAAGGAAGUGGACAUAGAGGGCACCAUUGUUAUUGAGAUCCCUUUGGAGCCUAGCAGUGAUAUGACACUUGCGGUGGACUGUGUAGGCAUUUUGAAGCUGCGUAAUGCAGAUGUGGAGGCCCGUAUUGGUGUUGCAGGAUCGAAGAAAAAGAGCACCCGUGCCAGGCUGGCUUUCAGGGUCAGCAUCCCCCAACCUGAUGGAUCUACCCUCACUCUACAGGUCCCUUCAUCGCCAAUCCUCUGCACCCAGCCAGCGGGAGUGCCAGAGAUCCUGAAGAAGAGUCUUCACAGCUGCUCAGUGAGAGGAGGAGAGGACGUUUUUAUCAUUGGAAAGAACUUCCUCAAAGGAACCAAAGUGAUUUUUCAGGAGAACAUUGCAGAUGACAAUUCCUGGCAAGCCGAGGCCAAGAUUGACAUGGACCUUUUCCAUCAGAACCAUUUGAUAGUGACCGCUCCUCCGUUCCACAACCAGUCAAUCACUUCUCCAGUGUCCGUGGGAAUCUUUGUGAUGACCAAUGCUGGUAGAUCACAUGACGCCCAGCCCUUCAGCUACACUCCAGACUCAGCUGAUAACUCCAAUGCCCGGACGGUAAAAACAGAGGGACCCUCUCUACUCAAGACAUGUAUGUUUGAUGGGCAGAUGAAAUCUAUGUCAUCUGAGCAAACCAACUGCUCUGGUCAGCCUUCCAAACGCCAAGAAGACACACCAAUGGAAGUGUCCAGCAAUCCACCACCCACGGAUGUCUUUAAGCCAUCCCCUGACCCUCUUGUCUCGGUGCAGCAGACCCUAGAGCUCAGCUCCAGUCCCCAUCCAGGGGGGGAAUCCUUUCAGAGUCCGAUGCCCCUACAACCUGAAGAUGUGGAGCUUCCCCAGGCACCCCCUGUGUUCCCCAGCCUAGAGUCUCUCAGUACGAUACAGAAGCAAGACAUUUCCCCCACAACCUCCUUCCCAGUGUCAGGAGACACCACAAUCCCUCCUGUUACACCAGACGUCCCUCAGCAAUUCCUCAGAGAUCCUCAGGACAACCUGCCACCUGAGAAUUCCAACAAUAGCGGAGGGGUUGUUGUUGUUGCCAUGCCCCAAAUAUCAACUCCAUCUCAGCCACAGCCACAACAGUCACAGGCUCCCAUGUUCCCCCAGGAAGGGGUGGCCCAGCUGGAGAGGGCAGUAAGGGAGCUACAAGCCGGAGGUAACACCACGCUCCAGCAGGUGUUUGAGGCGGCUGUAGCCCAGCAGCAACUAAACUCAGUGCUUUAUAGCCCCAACCCCUCUGCAGACUCUCUUCAACAGCACGUCCAAGAAAACAUGAACAGCCUUAGAUUAGGAAACACUGAUAAUUCGAUGUCUACACGGCAACAGCUACAGAUACAAAUGCAACAGCAACAGCAACAACAGCAGCAGCAGCAAAUGCAACAGCAGCAACAACAACAACAAAUACAGCAACAGUUUCAACAGCAUCAACAACUUCAACAACAGCAAAUCCUUGAUAACCUUCAGCACCAACAUGAGCAGCAACAUCUACAGCAGCAGCAGCAAGUCCUUGGCAACAUGCAGAUGCAACAGCAACUAAUACUACAGCCACAGGACCAACAGCAACUGCAACAGCAGCAGCAGCUCAUUGAGAACCUUCAACAGCAGCAACAGUUGCAACAGAAUCAGCAACAGCAAGUCCUGAACAACAUCCAGCUUCAGGAUCAGCAACAGCAAGUCCUGAACAACAUCCAGCUUCAGGAUCAGCAACAGCAAGUCCUGAACAACAUCCAACUUCAGGAUCAGCAACAGCAAGUCCUUAACAACAUCCAACUUCAGGAUCAGCAACAGCAAAAUCAAAUACUGACAAAUUUUCAACAGCAGCAGCAUCUACAGCAGCAGCAGCAGCAGCAGCAUCUACAGCAGCAGCAGCAGCAGCAGCAACAGCAGCAGCAAAAUCAAGCAUUGAGCAACUUACAACAGCAGCAGCAGCAACUACAAGAGCAACAGGUCUUGGAGAAUUUACAGCAGCAGCUUCAGGCUGAGUUGCUCCAGCCACAGAUUCACUCAUCCCCGCAAGUACAGCAGCCAGGGUCCCUCCUUCAACGGGCCGGAGACCUGCUCACCAUCCAGACCAGCUUCCCAACACAGCCUCCAUCCCACACAUCCCCCCCACAACAGCUCUUCCAAUCACCCAGGCCCCUUGCAGAGUCCCAGGGCUCCCAACAGCAGGUCCAGGCUGCCCUGCUCCAGAACACACUGACUGUCCUGACGAGUGGCGUUCUCAACUCAGAGCAGCAGUCGACUGGCUCAGCACUUUACCUGUCCCCAAACCCUCCCCAGCAACAGCAACAACCGCAGCUGGCGUUCAUCUCGUCCAUGAAAACAUCCGCGAGCCAGCCCCAGUCUGUUACAAUGUUUCAGAACCAACCCCAAGCUCAACUCUCCCAAAUGCAGCAGCAGAGCACCCCCAUGGAGGAGCAGCAGUCAGCACAGCAGAACCAGCAACAGCCCCCACAGCUUCCAAUGGGCCAGCAGGGCUCUUUGUUCCAAAGUAUUCCAAACCACUCCCAGGGUAACCCUGUCCCACAGAACCAACUUUCCCAACCCCAGCAGACAGGUUUGCUCCUCUGCACGACAGAUCUUAACCCGCAGGCUAUUCCCCCAACUCUUCUCUUCAGCACCCAGACCCAAGGCCCUUCCCCCAUGGGGAGCAUUAGUGUUGGAAUCCCUCAGCCAGACCCAGCAGAGCCCAUGUCGUUCCAAGACCAGAGCUCUUCAGGCAACAACUCGUCAUCCAAUGAGAACCAACAGCAGAGCUUAUUCCAGGAGCAGCAGCCAAUGCAAGUAGGCUCAAGCUCCAGCAGCGCCCGAAGCAGUCAACCUGUGGAGCUCUUUCUACCGCAGACGUCUCUGUCUGGCCUGCAGAGCACUAUAAGCUCACAGGAGCUAAACAACCAGGCUCCGGCCACUGGCACAACCAUCUUCGUCGUUCAAGGUGGUGUGGGCGUUGUAGCCAGCCCUGGACAGCAGCCACCAGAGCAGCUUUUCCAGACAACUGUGGGCGGGAAUGUGGCUCCUCAAGGACAAACCAACGUGUUUGUGUUUGGCAUCCAGAACGACUCGCCACAGCUGCUCAAUUCCUCCGGACCCACCCUGCCUGCUCAGAGCCAGCCCCAGAACUCCAGUCACAUGCAGCCUCACUUGGAUCAGCCAAUGGCCCAGGCUGCCCCCCCAAUGCAAGCCCCCAUGCACAGCAGCCUACAGAACACUCUACAGGCACAGAUGCAGUCCAGCUUAGAGAACGCCAUGCAGACCAGCCUGCAAAAUGCGAUGCAGACAAACACACAAGCAGCCCUGCAGUCUGGUUUACAGGCAAACAUCGAAACAAGCUUGCCAACUCCAAUGCAGACCAAUCUACAGAUGCAGAUACAGAGCAGCUUGCAUAAUCAGUUGCAGGCAUCAUUAUCUGUAUCAUCCAGCAUGGAUAAAAUCGAGGACCUCCUGGAAAGCCUACAGAAGUAGUGAUAAAUAUUUGGACAAUGUGUUCUCCAAGGAGAGUGAGAGAUAUGUAGCUAGUUAUACAUCCUAACAUCAACAAAGUGGCGGUGCAAGUGUUUUGUGCCAGUGCCGCAAAAUGUAGAAAAUUAAAAUAUUUAAGAAUUAAAUGCCCCCUUUUCCCUAAAACCAAAUUAUGAGCUCAUGUAACCCAUUGUUUUAUGAAAUAUUUAUCAUUCAUUACAGCUUUUCAUUGAUCCAUUCUCCUUGAAUAGAUGAGUCCGUCUUUGUUGUUACCCCUCUUGCAGGAUCAGAGAGGCCCGUAAUGACAGCUUUACCUUUCAGUCUCAGAAAUGCAGUGUUUUGUUGUCAGAGUGUUUUUAACAAUGUGAGCCUAAGAGAUGAUAUUGAUAAAAGUCUAUCAGGUUUUAGUGGGGAAACUGGAAAGGGAUAAAGAAUGUCGGUGAUGUUGAAAUGGGAAAUAGUAAUGUGAUGGAGACUAGGCUGUAAGAGCAGGCGGAGAAGAUAAAACAGUCAGCCAUGGAGUGGAUAUCACAUAGCGCGUAAGUGUCCGAUAUAGGCUGAAUCUCAUUCUGUGAGUGUAUAAACUAAUUUCCCUCGGAGAGAGAGUUGGGGGACAGUUGUGUUAGUCUGUCCGUCGUUUGUGGGACGGCAGCGAAACAGGGGGAAGACAGUCUGGCACAAAAACAGGAGUGAAUAUCGUGAUUCUUUUGUCAUCUUUGCAGAUCUUUUGCAGUUAAUCAACCCCUCGUGUUUGCACAUCUCGGCAGUUUUACUAAAUUAUAUAUAAGGAGCAAAGAUGGUUAGAUUACA